UGUUCCUGUUCCAGUAGUCAGUCUAGAGAAAAUUCCUAACCUAGUGAAGGCAGAUGGUGCCAAUGUUAAAAUGAAUUCUGCAACCACUACCACCAUCACCUCCUCCUCAGCCUCUUCAUCCACCAUACCUGCUCCAACUUUGGUUAAAUCUGGUUUGACAUCCAAGUCAGUGCCACCGUCACCAGAAAAGAUUCUGAAUGGCAAAGGAAUCGUAGCUCCAUCAAUAGACAAGAAACACCAAAAUGGCACUAAAAGCAGUAACAAGCCUUACAAAAGACUUUCAGAAAGAGAAUUUGACCCAAAUAAACACUGUGGAGUACUGGAUCCUGAAACAAAGAAACCUUGCACAAGAUCGCUCACCUGCAAGACUCAUUCACUUAAUCAUCGACGAGCAGUUCCAGGCCGUAAAAAACAGUUUGACAUCCUUCUAGCUGAACACAAAGCUCGAUCCAGGGAAAAAGAAGUUGCAAAAGACAAAGAGCAUCCACCAUCUGCAAGGGAGAGCUAUCAGAACCAGCCCACACCAGCACAGGACUCUCUGUCAGGAACUUCAGUGAACUCUGGGCAAGAAUCUAAAGUAACAUCUCCUGCAAAAUCUAGACCACCAAAUUCUGUACUUCCAAGACCAUCAUCUGCAAAUAGCAUAAACAGCAACAGUUCUUCAAACCACAGUGGGUACGUACCAGAACUGCCACUGCCUUCCAUGGGAGGAGAUUUAACAAGCAGAUUGUCCAGUGAUGAAGGAGAAGCGGAUGGAGCUGAAGAAUCUGAGAAAUUAGACUGUCAUUUUUCUGGACACCAUCCCAGACCUCUUGGGUUUUGUUCAUAUGGCAGUCGCUUAAUGGGAAGAGGGUACUAUGUCUUUGACAGAAGAUGGGACCAUUUUCGAUUCGCACUAAACUCCAUGGUAGAAAAACAUUUGAACUCACAGAUGUGGAAGAAAAUUCCUCCUGCAGCAGAUAGUCCCAUGCCUUCUCCAGCAGCACAUGUCUCCACUCCUUUUCCAGCAUCAGUCUUACAGCCUUUCAGCAGCCCCAGUGCGGUGUAUAUUCCUUCAACACCUAUCAGUUCAAGAAUUACUUCUUCUUCUUACAUAAUGACAUCAGCCAUGUUAUCAAAUGCAGCCUUUGUGACAACGUCAGAUACGAAUUCCAUUAUGUCACACACUACAGCUUUUCCUCAUAUGGCUGCAAGCCUAAGCAUCAUGGACUCAACUUUUAAGGCACCAUCAGCUGUGUCACCAGUGCCAGCAGUCAUCCCCUCCCCAUCCCACAAGCCAUCCAAAACAAAAACCAGCAAAUCCUCAAAAGUGAAAGACCUGUCAUCUCGGAGUGAUGAGUCUUCAAGUAACAAAAAGAAAAAGCCGCAGUCGUCGUCCUCAUCGUCCUCAUUAUCUUUGCAGACAUCUUCCUCGUCUUCAUUUUCAGGGUCCCACAAAAAGAACUGUGUCCUGAACCCCAGUUCGACUCUGAACUCCUAUCAGGCUACAUCUUCCUAUAACAGUAUGUCUGUGCACAAUACAAAUAACGGAACAAGCCCACUCAGUGCCAAAUCGGAGCCCUCAGGACGGACUUCAUUAUCAAGUAGUUCAACAGACUCAGUGAAACACAUGAGCAUGGUAGUAAGCGGUAUUGACUCUUCUAAUCUGUCUGUAUCUUCUCUUGUGCACCACUCAGGGGACCACUCCCUGGGAGCACAUAAUGCAGUGUCUUCUCUACCCCUUUCAUUCGACAAAUCAGAAGGAAAAAAACGUAAAAACUCUAGUUCUAGUAGCAAAGCCUGUAAAAUCACUAAAAUGCCUGGUAUGAAUAGUGUUCAUAGAAAGAGCACUGCCAACCUUAUUUCUGCGGUGCCAGAUCCUACAAGCAGCUCCAUCUCUCGGCAGAUUGGAAAAAAUAGCAGUGUAGCUUUGUCACAAUCCAGUCCUUCGAGUGCAUCAAACCCAGUACACAACAGACAAAAGACAUCAAACCGGACUGGUAGAAUAAGGACUCUUCCAUAACAAGGAAAAGGAACCAGCCUAUAAUCUCUAGCUCUCAGCAGCCCUACUCCACAGGGUUUUUCUUUUCUAUGUCCUGCAGAUGGAUUUAAACUUUUAUGAAUUUGUGGUUUUAAAGAGAAUUAAAUUUACAGAAAACUGUAAUAGUGAUUUGUUUAGUUUUUCACUUGUAUUUGCCACUGAUCUGUGCGUUUUGCUUGGUUAUGUUUCAUGCCUUUUAAAGCUGUUAGCGUUGCAAUGCUCCCUUUGUUUCCUUACAAGAACACAGCGGACAUUCCAAAAAAAAUCCAGAUCAUGAUUUGAAUUUAGUUAAAGGAUCUCCAAAUUUUUUCAUUAAAUAAAAAUUACAGUAAUUCUGUAUUUAAGCUUGUCCUAUGGAUAAAAAUUGAGUGCAUUUCUUAGUAAUUUGCAAACAGCUGGGGCACUGCAACUUUAGGGACUAAUCCUGACUGGUGCUUUGUACCUACGGCGUUUAAUAACUUCAGUGGGAAUUCUGAGUGUUCAGCCUCUUCCAGGAUCAGGCUCUUACGGAAUCUGUACUUCAAUCAAUGCAUAGAGGAUUUUUGCACCAAACUGUAAUUAAUGUUAUCAGGGGCUCAACAUGUAAAAUCCCCAUAUCUUGGUGGAUUUCUAGACACUUGAGAUCAUAGCACUUGGUAACUUGGAAAAAACAGUUUGGGUUUGCAAGGACAGGAGUUGAGCAGAUUGGCUUGCAUUAAUAGAAUUGCACUGACAGUGUUUCUUAUAGGAUUACUGAAUAAUUUUUUAAUAAAAUAUAGAUUUUAUAAUCAGGAAGCCAAUACUAGGUACUGGAACAAUAGUACGGAGGAGUUAAUUUUUAUUUCUACAGUGUUAAAAGUGCACUUAUAUGCUGGUUUAUUUACAUCUUGGGGAAAGGCGAGAGACUGCAAAAUAGGGAGAUUAUUACUACUUUCUUUUUUAAAAAAAGAAGGCUUAAGGCAAAUUUUAAGACUAAAAUGUUUAAGCAAUUAUAAACAAGGCUAGACCCUUUGAAAAAAGUUUAGAAAUAUUCUUAAAAUAAAUUUUUAUAGUGUUAAUUUUGUAAUAAUUUAUGUUUUGCUAUACUCAGAGCUAACUGACCGGUAUAGUUUCAGAAACAGUAUGAAACUUAGGAAAGUUUAAGCAAUGUUUAUAUUUUUAAAAUGUUCUUUGAAUUAUGUUUUUAUUGUACAUUUCUUCAGACUGAAAAAUGUGUACAUAUCUUUGUUAUUUUUGCACAAUUUUUGUCUUGUUCAGUUUUAGGAGCAGUACUAUGUUGAUUUUUUUAAUUUAUUUUGAGUUAUAAAACUGCAGGAGUUUAAAAAUCUCAGUAACAAGGUCAUCCUCUGUAAUCAAUGAACUGCUAUUUCUAGUUGUUGGGGGAAAACAGUGGUUGUGAGAUUCAGUGGUUGCUUCUGAGAAAUAAUGCUAAUCAAUGACUGAAGGAGCAAUUUUGUAGUUUUAGGAAGCUUUAGCUCUUUCCAUGCAUCUUUUAAUUGGAAAGCUGGAAUAUGGAGCCUGUCCUUCGAAUGCUGCUUAAUUUUUUUUUCAACUGGCUUACACCUGACAGCAUUUCAAGAACAUUAAGCACCCAGUAAAAUCCCACAGUGUUCUUUCAUCGUCAGAGGAUCAUUAUUUGAUUAUAUGUAUCAAAAAUUUCAGCCUGAAAAGUGAAAUGGAAGUAAACAUUUGAAAAAAAUUAAUACAAACUGGACCAGCCUAUAAUGCAUUAUUAGUGUAGCAUUCACUCAGUAGUUCUUUUUCUUCCCCAUAUGCCUGAAAAUCUUGUGAUUUGUUUCCAGCAAUAGAGGCUCAGAAGCUUUGGUUGUUACACAUACGCAAUGCAUAGGCCCGUCAGCCAUAAAAAGCGACUUGGAUAACUUGUAUGCCUUCUUUUGUAUUGAUGUAAGAAUUGUAAAUAGUGCUGAUCGACCUUUGUAGAGAAUAGUUUAUACAGCAUAUUCUAUUAUUGCUGAUUCUCAGUGAACUAUUGUUUUAAAAAAAAAAGAAGAAAAAAAGAAAUUUUUCUAUUUACACCUUAUAUUUUGUUAUGCUGUUGACCCAUGGCACUUUAACAAAACUCUGUGGGUUUUGCAUAGCUGGUCAGUCAUGGGAUAUAUUAAAUAACUGUUGUUGCACAGAAAUGAAUUUGCACCUGCUAUAUUGUGCUUUCCUACUACAGAUUUUAGAACCUUUUCCAGAAGACUUUUGAAGAAAGCAUGUCCAAUCAUUCUAAGAAAAAAAAAAUGCCAUACUUGUACAGCCAAUUUCUUUUCUACAAUCCAUAUUUUGUAACACUAAGUAUUUUCAUUCUUUGUCCUGCACCUUUAUGUAUUAGCAGUAUCAAAUAGAAUUCAUUCCAUGCUUGUGAUAAUUGUAAGC